AUGGCGUUCACGACGCGUCUUAUCGUUAACACUCACCAAUACGCGCAGAGCCUCACUCAAGACAUCGACUUGGCCUCCUUGUCGACCUCCAAGGAUCUUGCCUUUGGUCUUAUUGGCGCCAUAUUGCUACUCACUGUUUUCGCUCAGUGGACUGCGAAGAGUUACAAGUUCUGGCAAUACACCUUCAUCAAUAAGUCCAGCUGGUGGAAUGCCUCCAAGGCAAAGGAAAACUAUCUCUGGAACGCUCAACAGUUGCUUAUUGAUGGCUUCCACCAGAAGCAGUCACCCAAAGGUUAUGUUAUCGAUACUGACAUGGCCCGUACCGUUCUCCUCUCCCCCGAGUAUGCAAACGAGAUCCGUAAUGAUCCACGUUUGAACUUUAGAAAGCACAAUGCAAAGGAUUUCCUGGGCCAUCUCUCUACAUUUCAACUCUUUGACGAACGUCAAACCUUUGGCAAUAUGGUCAACGUCAUGGUGCGAACAAAACUCACGCAAUCAUUGGGACUCAUCACUAAAGCUGUUUCGGAAGAGAUGACUGAUGUCAUUCAUAACCAAUGGAUGGACGAUUCUCAGUGGCAUGCAAUCAACCUUAAGAAAACCAUGCUCGAGGUUAUUGCUCAACUAUCCUCUCGCGUCUUUCUCGGACCGGAACUCUGCCGCAACAAGGAUUGGCAGCGCAUUACAAUCGAAUACACCGUCAAUAUUUUCAUGGCAAUUUCAGCGGUGAAGCGAUAUCCCAAAUUUUUACACCGUUUCGCUCAAUGGAUUGUGCCUGAAGCUCGCAUUGUCCGCGCCCAGAUGGCCGAAGCGCGUCGUAUCAUUCAACCCGUGAUUGAUCAACGCAAGUAUGAGCUAUCAUUCGAGAAAAAACCUCAGGAUAGUUUCACCGAACCAACACGUAAACAUACCGAUGCGAUACAGUGGCUGCUUGAACUAUCCAACGGAGGAGACUACGAUGCGGCCUUGGCCCAACUCGCGCUUUCCAUGGCAGCUAUUCAUACCACGGGAGACAUGAUCACCCAGGUCAUCUAUGAUCUUUGCGAGCAUCCAGAACUGAUUCGACCUUUGCGUGAAGAGGCUAUUGCCGUUUUGGGAACUAAUGGAUGGAAGCAUACUUCGCUUUACAACUUGAAGCUCAUGGAUAGUGUGAUCAAGGAAAGCCAGCGUAUCAAGCCUGCUGGAAUGGUAUCCAUGCGCCGACUUGCUACAGAAGAUGUCACCCUUAAAGACGGCCGCCGCAUUCCCAAAGACAGCAUGGUCGCAGUUUCUGGACACUGGAGCUGGGAUAACUUGAUCUACGAGAACCCUGAUCAGUUCGAUGGCUAUCGUUUUUACAAAAUGGCUCAGAAUCCAGAGACUGAGCAAAUGUCACAUCUUGUCGCCACGAGCCCUCAGCAUCUCGGUUUCGGUCAUGGGAAACAGGCCUGUCCCGGACGCUUCUUUGCUGCGAAUGAGGUCAAGAUUGCUCUCGCGCACAUCUUGCUCAAGUACGACUUCAAGUUGGACGAGGGCAGCCCUCCACCAAAGAUUUUCAAGAUGGGAUGGAUGAUGACGUCUGAUUCUCAGGCCAAGAUUCUCGUCCGUCGCCGCAAGGAGGAGAUUGAUCUCGACUAG